AUGGCCAAUGGACAGCAAAUAACAAAGCUCAGUGUCUCCACCUCUAAGGACGAAGAGGAAAUACUCGGAGCUCAAGGCUAUCAGCUCAUCAAUGUUGACCUCAAUCAAGGUGCUGGUGGAAACCAGGUCCUUCUGUGGUACAAGAAAGAGUGUGGCAACAGACCUGUGACCAGGAUCCAGUUUUCAUUCAAUGAGAACAUGAAACCUGAUCUGGCUGAUGCUGGGUAUGAGCUGGUCAACCGAGAUCUGAACGCAGGAGUUCGUGGAGAUCACGUCUUUCUGUGGUACUUCUACGGGAGCACUGAAUAUGACAUUCCUAUUGUGAACCUGAAGGUCACCACAGACGCCAAAGACGAGCCUGCUCUUCUGCAAGAUGGCUGGGAAAGGCUGGGCUGUGAUCUGAACCGUAAUGCAGGAGGAAACUUCUACCUGUGGGUGAAGAGAGAGAAGCCGAGCUAUAUCUGCGAGAUCACAGCAUCAGUUGACUUCUCUUCUGACAAGCUCCUGUUUCAGCUGGGCUACACUCGUGUGGAUGAAAACACCAAUCGAGGCGCUUGUGGAAACCACGUCUUCCUCUGGUAUCGGCGCACAACCGAUAAGAGCAAUGCUCUCACUGCUCUUAACAUAUCCACCUCCCUCCAGGAGGUAUCAAAGCUUCAGGCUGAAGGCUUUAAAAAGCUCAGUGUUAAUCUCAAUAAAGGAACCAGUGGAAAAGAUGUCUACGCCUGGUACAAGAAAGAAGGAUGUGAAUCGCAGAUCCAAGCCAUGGUUCUGCUGAUCAGCUGUAACGCCUGGAAUGAGUAUCAGAAAGCUGGUAUCAACUUUAUCGACAAAAAUCUGAACGAGGGCAACAAAGGCUGGAAAAUGCACCUGGCCUACAAGUAAAAACAAGCUGCCAUCACAGGAUCUUUCUCAGUUAUCUAAUUGGGAGGAGCACUAUAUGGCAACUAUGAGCACAAUUGUUUCUAAUGUAUGACUUUAAUGUCAGUCUUUAAAGCCUGUUGUGACCGCGCCUGUUGUAAUACACUCAACCACACACAUUGUAUUGGGCCUUUGUGUUUAUGUUAUGAUGCAUUAUGAAAUAAAGGCAACUUUAUCCACAACUAAUGCUUUGGUGAGGUUUUCACACCCGUCUUUGGGAUACAACCAACAAUAAGUUAUAAUGCAUGCACAGUCCCCUCAUUACAUACUCAUAUUACAGGGUCAUAAUACCCUCAACACUGCUAAAGAAAUUCAGCAGAUUUUCUCAAUACAAAUGAAUUCAAAGGUUUUUAGUCUUCAUUGAAGAGCGUUCCAAAGAGGGACAGUAUGAUAGUAUCGCCAAGAAAGCUGUUCUGAAAAAAAAAAAAAAAAAACUACUACUACUAAUAAUAAAAUAAAAUAAAAUGUUUAAAAAAAAAAUAGUGGUUCUUCGUUGUAAGGUACUUGAUAUUAUAUUAGGUGUUUCUGUUGCUCUAUCCACACACU